AUGGAUGAUGUUACAACCCCCGGGAGCAUCAUAUCGUGGAAUGACAUGGUACAAAAAUUUACCAUGAAAUUCUUCCCACCAUCUCGAGUCCACCAAAUCAGAAAUGAAGUAUAUCUUUUUAAACAGAAGGAUCAUGAGACAUAUUCGGAAACAUGGGACAAGUUCAAAAGUGCGUUUAGAAAAUGUCCAAAUCUUGAUGUUCCUAAACUGGCACAAAUAUAUCUAUUCUAUAAUGGAUUGCGCGCUGAAUUUCGCAAUAUAGUUGAUGCUUCUGCGGAUAGGGAAGCUCCGAGAAAAAUAACUGGAUUGCAUAAUGUGGACGCAGUGACAGCAUUGACAGUGCAGAUGGAAGCAAUAACAAAGAAGCUUGAUACUUUAACUCAAUCUGUGCACGUGGUACAACAUCCAACUCCGUCAGCAGAGGUCAGUUAUGCGAAGAACUAUCAGAGGCUAAAUGGAUCUUACCCAUACAACUACCAUCUGGGUUUGAACAAUCAUCCUAACUAUUCGUGGGUGGAUAAUCCAGAUCAAGUAAAUCAGAUGAAGGAUAAUCCACCAGUAAUUUUGCAACAGCAAGAAAAUCAGGUGGGACAGAUAGCAGCUGCAUUAGCCAACAGACCACAGGGUAACUUGUCGAAUGACACAGAGAAGAACCCACGGGAGCAGGUAUUUGUAGCUGAGGCGGUAAAUUAUGCAACUAUUGAGCUCCCAUCUACCACAUCCACUAUCCUUGUCAAAGCUUAUGUGCCACCCAUUCCAUUUCCUCAAAAACUUCAACGCCAGCCAACAGCAGAGCAGGUUCAGGCCAUCACUACUAGGAGUGGUGUUCAAUUGCCAAAAAUCACUGUAAAGAGGAAGGAGACUGAGAGAACUCAAAUGCCUACUAAGGAUAAGGAACCGAUGGAGCAAUCUGAAAAAGUAAUAGAAAAGGACCAACAAACAGUUUCAGACAAUCCACAGCUUAAGCCAAAUGUUCAUGGCACUUCACUGACACCUCUGGUCCCUUUUCCUCAAACGUUACAGAAGACCAAAUUGGAGAAGCGAGAUAUGAAAUUCCUGAAAAUUCUCAAAAAGAAAUUGGGAUUGGGAGAUCCCAAGGCGGCUUCUAUCAUCCUUCAGCUGGCGGAUCGAACAUUGAAACAUCCCUAUGGAAUAGUCGAGGACAUGCUCAUCAAGAUGGGAUAA